AUGGUCAGGGUCCAGGGCGUCUACCCCGGCCGCUCGUGGCGCUUCAUAUCGGAGCACAUCAGCGACAUCGGCGCGAAGCAGGCCGCCGAGUUCGGCGACCUCGCGGGGGCGGCCGCGCACGCGCGGUCGCUGCUGGAGGGCAGCGGGCACCGGCCGGUGGCGGCCCAGGCGCACUAUCUCGCCCAGUUCAUGGAGGCGGUCAAGCGGCUGCAGGUGCAGCAGGGCGCCGCAUUGGGCCCCCUGCAGGGCCUCCAAGUCCCCGUGGUGACCGCCGAUGACGUCACCGUCCACGCCUCCGACCAGCGCUGCGCCGGCAACGCGGCGGCCGCGUUGCUGCCGCCGUCGGCGUGGGCAGGGCUGGAGGCGGCGGCGGCGGGGGCGGAGAUGCCCAGCAGCAACUGGCUGGAGGGCGGCAAGCAGGUGCGUGACGGCGAGGAGUUCACCGCAGUGGCGGCCGGCGAGGACCUCGGGGUGGAGGUGACCUUCACCAACCCCCUGGGCAUCAAGCUGCGGCUGACAGGCGUCCGCCUGGUGUAUGAAUUCCAGCGGGAAAAGUUUGGCGAAGGCGGCGACGGGGCGGCGGGCGGCGCGGCAGGGGCGGCGCCGGGGGCGUCGAGCGGCGGGCAGGUUGCGGACGCGGACGGCGGCGGCGCCGCGGUGCAGGCGACGGCCGCGCAGUUCACGCUGCACCCGUCUGAAGUUCUUGCCGAGAAGCUCACGCUGCGGCCGCUGGCGGCGGGCUGGCUGCGGGUGACGGGGGUUGAGUGGGUCGUGGAGGGCGGCGUGGAGGGGCGGACGCUGUUUGAGAUCAAGGGGCGGCACCGCAAGCGGCCCAAGGGCGACAGGCCCAGCCAGCGCAAGCACUACCCGCCCCGCCGGCGGCUGCUGUUCCACGUUCUGCCCGGCAUGCCGCGGCUCAGCAUCGCCACUGAGGCCCUGCCGUCACGCGCGUUUGCCGGGGAGCUGCUGAGGGUGCCCGUCACAAUCACAAACAUCGGUCGCCUGCCGGCGCGCGCGCUGCGGCUGGCGGUCGGCGCCGGCGCGGGCGUGGCGCUCGCUGGCGGCAGGGGCGCGGCGGCGGUGGCAGGCGCGAGCCCGGGCGCGGGCGCGGCGGGGAUGCUGCGGCCAGGCGCCCCUCCCGAGCGGCUGGAGCCGUCCGGGCGCCGCCGCAAGGACGGGAGCGAAAUUCUGCUGUUCAACUUGGGCGGCGAUGGGGACGACGGCUGCACCGGCGGCGGCGGCGGCGGUUUGGAUGGAGACCUAGAGCUGGCGCCGGGGCAGGGCGUGGGCGCCGUGCUGUGGCUGCACGCGCCGGCGGCGCCGGGGGCGUGGCAGUUCCAGUGUGUGUGGUACUGCGAGCCUGUGGCGUCCGUCCCGCUGCAGAUGCGCUUCCGCAGCCUGCGCACCGCGCACGCGCUGGAGGUUGCGCCCCUGCUGGGCGUCGCGCCGCGCGUGGCGCCGUCCGGCGGGGACCUGCAGCAGUACAUGCUAAGGCUGGACCUGGAUUGCGACAGGGAGAGCGCCCCCGUUGAGCUAUCCCAAUUAACCUGCCUCUCCCGCGGCGGCGACGCCGGCUGGCGCGUCGCCCCAAUCCUGGACGCGGGCCCUGCAGCAGCAGCAGCAGCAGCAGCAGCAGCAGCAGCAGCAGCAGGCACGGCCGCCGCGGCGCUUGAGGCGUGCAGCCUGGCCGCCGGCGUGAGGCUGGAGCCCGGGGACAGCAGCUGCCAGUUCUUCCGGCUGUUGUCACCCGUGGCGCGCGGCGCGGCGGCGGCUGGCAAGGACGCUGGCGGCGGCGCCGCCGCCUCCAGCCGGGAGGGGACGCAGAAGCUGUUUGCGGCAGCCGAGGAGGCGCCGCUGUCGGGGCCGCUGCUCCACUUUUACCGCUUGCAGCAUCCCACAGCAGAGUCGGCCCCUCUCGCAGACGGCGCCGCCGCAGGUGCGAGCGCGGGCGCGAGCAGCCGCGGGGGCAGCAGCAGCAACGUCGCGGCGCAGGCGCGCGCGGGCGGCGGCGGCGGCGGCGGCGGCGAUGCGGCUGCCGCGGGGCCGCGCCAGGAAUUGGAUUCAGUAGUGGCUGAGCCGCCUGUUGACCUGGCGCUGAUCUGGCGCUCCCCUGGGGGCGGCGACGUGGGCGGGGGCAGGGUGGGGCUGCUGCCGUUUUAUGAUCUGUGCGCGGCGCAGCGGCUCAACCCGGUGCGGAUGCAGCUGGAGGGGCCGCAGCAGGCGGUGGUUCACGACUUCAGGGGGCGCUCCCUGUGCGUGGUGCCGCUGACGCUGCGCCUGCGCAACUGCGGCGCGGCGCCGGCGGCGCUGACGGUGCGCGCGCAGUCGGCGUGGGAGGGCUACGGCACGCAGCACGCGUGGUUCGCGGCGCCCGCGGCGGCGGCGCGAGGGGGCGGCGGCGGCGCGGG